AUGGCCUCCAGAAAUGGGAUCGAUCGUCGAGAUGAAGAUGAGGUCUGCCCCGUCUGCAAAUCCUCGCGGUACCUGAACCCGAACAUGCGGUUCCUCAUCAACCCAGAAUGCUACCACAAGAUGUGCGAGUCCUGCGUUGACCGCAUCUUCUCAUCCGGCCCCUCCAACUGCCCUGUAGCAGGAUGCCGAAAGACGCUACGCAAAAACAAAUUCCGAGCCCAAACCUUCGAAGACAUCGGGGUAGAAAGGGAGGUUGAUAUCCGGCGACGAGUAAUGAACAUUCUCAACCGCCGCGAAGAAGAAUUCGACACAAAACGCGCCUGGGACGACUUCCUCGAACAACGCGAAGAAAUGAUCGCCAACCUAGUCUGCCGAACAGACGUCGCCAAAACCGAAGCGCAGCUCUCAAAAUACGCCACGGUCAACAUACAAUCCAUCCGCGCAAACCAAGCCCUCGAAGAACAAGAAGCAUCCUCCUUCGCCGCCCGCAUGACCCUCGAGCAAGAAGAAAUGCGCCUCCGCCGCCAAGCCGCCCGCGAACAACUCGAGAACGAGCGCCGCGAGAUGCAAGCCGGACGCGAAGACAUGAUCUCGCGCCUGGCCGCGGGCUCGAGCGCCGAUGCUGCGGCGAUCGCGCGCGAAGGCCACAAGGUGCUGCUUAAGAAGUCGUCUGCGCGGCGCAGCGAGGAGGACCGGAUUCGGCAGAAACAGGCUGCGUUGCGUAGUAGUGAGCUCAAGCGCGGCGGUGCGUUGCCCUCGACGGCUGAGGCGGCUGGGCCGUCGGAUGGUGGGCUUAUUAAGGGUCUGCGGAGGAUCAAGACGCCUGAGCCUGAGAAGCCGUAUGAUCCGUUUAUGGGGUAUGUGCCGGAGAAGCGGGAUUACUAUUCUUUGCAGCCGUCUUAUCCGUCGACGUAUCUGGAUCGUGUGAAGAACGAUACUCGGGUUGCGGCUGGCGGUUACGAUCUGCAGGAGUAUUACUCGCGGACGCUGGUGGAGGCGUUUGCGGGAUUGGGGUGUUUUAUUGAGGAAGAGGUUUCGCAACGAGAUGCUGCUUCCUCGGGGCUUGGAUUGAAGCCUGCUGCGACGACCAGUGCUGCGAUGGUGGCGGGCGAGAAAAGAUGA